AUGUUUGCGCGUCGUCUACGCAGCUCAGGUGGCCUGGCGGCCGCGUCGCUGGCCCGCUGGCAGUCGUCGAAGGUGACCGGUGACGUCAUUGGCAUCGACCUUGGCACCACGUACAGCUGCGUCGCGGUGAUGGAGGGCGACAAGCCGCGCGUGCUGGAAAACACCGAGGGCUUUCGCACCACCCCGUCGGUUGUGGCCUUCAAGGGCCAGGAGAAGCUCGUCGGUCUUGCGGCGAAGCGCCAGGCCAUCACAAACCCGCAGUCCACCUUCUUCGCGGUGAAGCGACUGAUUGGGCGCCGCUUUGAAGACCCCCACAUCCAGCACGACAUCAAGAACGUGCCGUACAAGAUUGUGCGCAGCAGCAACGGCGACGCGUGGGUGCAGGACGCCAACGGCAAGCAGUACUCGCCGUCGCAGGUGGGCGCGUUUGUGCUGGAGAAGAUGAAGGAGACGGCGGAGAACUUCCUUGGCCGCAAGGUGUCGAACUCGGUGGUGACGUGCCCAGCGUACUUCAACGACGCGCAGCGCCAGGCGACGAAGGACGCCGGGACGAUCGCCGGGAUGAAUGUGAUCCGCGUGGUGAACGAGCCGACGGCGGCGGCGCUCGCGUACGGUCUGGACAAGACGAAGGACAGCAUGAUCGCCGUGUACGACCUGGGCGGCGGCACCUUUGAUAUCUCCGUGCUCGAGAUCGCCGGUGGCGUGUUUGAGGUGAAGGCGACGAACGGCGACACGCACCUUGGCGGCGAGGACUUUGAUCUGUGCCUGACCGACUACAUUCUGACGGAGUUCAAGAAGUCGACCGGGAUUGACCUGAGCAACGAGCGCAUGGCGCUGCAGCGCAUCCGCGAGGCGGCGGAGAAGGCGAAGUGCGAGCUGUCGACCACGAUGGAGACGGAGGUGAACCUCCCCUUCAUCACGGCGAACCAGGACGGCGCCCAGCACGUGCAGAUGACGGUGAGCCGCAGCAAGUUCGAGUCGCUGGCGGAGAAGCUGGUGCAGCGCUCCCUGGGCCCGUGCAAGCAGUGCAUCAAGGACGCAGCGGUGGACCUGAAGGAGAUCUCCGAGGUGGUGCUCGUCGGCGGCAUGACGCGCAUGCCGAAGGUGAUCGAGGCGGUGAAGCAGUUCUUUGGCCGGGAGCCGUUCCGUGGCGUGAACCCUGACGAGGCAGUUGCGCUCGGCGCGGCAACGCUCGGCGGCGUGCUUCGCGGCGACGUGAAGGGCCUCGUGCUUCUGGACGUGACGCCGCUAUCGCUCGGCAUCGAGACGUUGGGCGGCGUCUUCACGCGCAUGAUCCCGAAGAACACGACGAUCCCGACCAAGAAGAGCCAGACCUUCUCGACCGCCGCGGACAACCAGACGCAGGUGGGCAUCAAGGUCUUCCAGGGCGAACGCGAGAUGGCGGCGGACAAUCAGCUGAUGGGCCAGUUUGACCUUGUGGGCAUCCCACCGGCGCCGCGCGGCGUGCCGCAGAUCGAGGUGACGUUCGACAUCGACGCCAACGGCAUCUGCCACGUGGCGGCGAAGGACAAGGCGACCGGCAAGACGCAGAACAUCACCAUCACGGCGCAUGGCGGUCUGAGCAAGGAUCAGAUUGAGCGCAUGAUCCGCGAUUCUGAGGCGCACGCGGAGUCGGACCGCCUGAAGCGCGAGCUGGUGGAGGUGCGCAACAACGCCGAGACGCAGGCGAACACGGCGGAGCGCCAGCUGACGGAGUGGAAGUACGUGAGUGACGCCGAGAAGGAGAACGUGCGCACGCUGCUGGCGGAGCUCCGCAAGGUGAUGGGGAACCCCAACGUGACGAAGGACGAGCUCUCGGCAGAAACAGACAAGCUGCAGAAGGCGGUUAUGGAGUGCGGCCGCACGGAAUAUCAGCAGGCUGCGGCGGCUAACAGCAGCGGCUCCAGCAGUGGCACAGACGGCAAUCAGGGUGAGCAGCAACAACAACAGGGUGACCAGCAGAAGCAGUAA